UAUGGAUAUUUCUGAUCCAGUACUAGAAAAGGAUUGUUCACUCUAUCGCUAUUCAAAAAAUUAUAAAGGAAUCCGUACCGGAAAUACAAUUAGUAUUAAAUUUCUUAAAAGACAUUUUAGAGCAUUUAAGGUAAAAAUUUACAAAAAUAUUGAAUUUGAUUCAAUUCUUGGUGAGAAACAAGCAAGAAAUGUCUACAAAAAUCAGAUAUUUGAAAUAGAUUAUGGAAAUUUGGAAGGAAAAUUUUGUAUAUCCAACUCAGAUUGGCAAAUACCAUUUAGAGGAUAUUCAACAAAUAAGAAAUAUAGAUGGAGAUUACAACAGCAAAUUAUAGAAGCCAACAGAGCUAAAUGGUUAAAUGAUGAAAGCUAUACUGUAUCAUUCAUUGACAACAUUAUUGAUGAUCAUCAUAUUGAUGAGUCAACAGCAAUUAGAGAAAAAGUUGCGUUAUAUUGCAAUUGA